CAAAUUUUAAAAAUAUAAAUAAUCGAAUUCCCAUUAAUUAUUUUCCUAAUUGCGGCCGAGUGCAUUCGAGCACGAAAAACCAAUCGCGAAACCUUCAGUGUCCGAAGUGCACUGAGACCGUUGACAUCGCCACUCAUUCGGAACUGAAAUUAUUUUCUUCAAAAAUGCUUUUCGGCGGGAAGUGUGUGUUGUGUUGACGUUUUAUUUUUUAAACUGUGAAGGUGAUAAGGUGUUAUAGCCCUCGGAAGUGACGGAACGAUGGUGGAUUCGACAUAAUUUUUAAAGUGUUCUAUCCAGCUGAAUUUGAACGAUUUUUGAUAUAGUUUAAGUUAUCAAAAUGCGGACGGUGUGGUGGUGCGCCACUGCAGUGGCGUUGCUUGCCGUCACCAGCGCCCUUCGGACCACACAGGUGGAAGGCGCAUCCAGAUAUAACAGACGGCAGCCAUCGCCGACGGCUGCUGAUGUAAGAAGCUCUACAGAAGCAGAACCAUCUGAAGCUGCGCCCACUUUCAAACCCAGGAGUAGUAGAAGACAAGAAAUACCUCAACGAGCCGUGCAAACAAGGUCUCAAUCAAAAAGGCCACUGCAAAGGAUAGAUGCUUCGACUGAAGCAAAUCCAAGCCAACCAAGAGACGAACGUAACGAACGAUAUGACUCCAAAAGGAUUUCUAGUCGAACUCGAAGUAAAAACAUCGAAAAUAUUACUACCGAGACACCUAAACAAAGAGAACCCAUUAAUCGAAGCAGAUCGCGACAAGGAAUUCGAAAAACACAAUAUUCUACACUUCAAAGAUCUACAGAAAUAUCCUCUUCAAUUACAGAUGAUAAAUCCGAUACGGUUGACAGAAUAAUCACAGCUAGAAAGGAAAAUAAUGCUGACAAUCAGUUUAGGAGAAGAAGUUCAUCAGUUCAAACUGUAGAGGCCGUAGCACCGAAAAAGUUACGAGGUCGUAUAAAUACGCGACCCAAUGCCAGGUCACUUGAUCUUGAUGUUUCUGGCACAACUAAUGGUUUGUCAAGCUUCGAAAAAGAACCCACCACUGCCAGAAAUUCAGACUUAAGAAAUUCAAGGAAACUGCGUUACAAACAAAGGUUAUCGGAAACUGACACCAAUUUAACAGGCGAAGGAAUCACAGCUUCUAGUGUAGUCGCUCCAGUCAAGUCUAGUCAGAAAAAUGAAAGUAUUCCUAGUCAAUCCGAAAUUCAGGCUCCUGUUCAGAUUGUAUUUGCCGAAACUCAACCAACAAUUCAGUCAAGUACGGAAACAUUAUCUAGUACUCCGGCUAGUACCACGACAAAAGCAACAAAAGUGUUAAAACGACCAUUAGCGAGAGGGAAAGUGAAUUUUAAACCAUCGGCAACUGCACCUAAGGUUCCUUCUACGGACGAAAUAAGUGAAGACGACAAUUAUCCAGAAAGUUUUAAAGCUUUGAUUCAGGCAAAAAAUGCAUCGACACAAGCGAGCUCUCCAAGCAGUGAGAGUUUGACAUUGAAAGCAUCACAAAAAAUUUACAAAACACAUGCAACUUUGUCACAAAGUAACACUGGAACCAGUCAAAACAAAAACUCAAGGUUGCGCCACAAACUAAAUACACAAGAUGAAAUAAAAAAAGAUGAAAAGCAGGAAGAUAAAAUAGUCGUUACUAGUCCCGAACCUGUAAAGGCAAAAAAGCCUGAAUUUCGCCCGCGUGGUACUUAUAACCCGAGAAGAAGAAAAUUGACAUCAUUCUCUCCAACUACAGUGUCAACGAAUUCAUUGGACCAAAGUACAGCUAAACCAGCAUAUAAAUAUAAUAGAAAAUUUAAACUGACCACAACUGAGUCUCCGAAGAAGGAAACCAUGGAAAGAUCUAGUGUUGAAUCUAGCACAUCGUUAAAAAAGACUUUUGUAAGGCCAACAGUGUACUAUCGAAAAAGUUUUAAUAGGAAAAGCUCUACCACAGAACGUUCGUCUGAGGAAAAAUCCACUAACUCAGAAGUCUCAAAUUUAAAACCCAAAAUAGUACCAAGAACGUCAUAUUAUUCACGUUUUAGAAAUAAUAAAAACAAAACAUCAUCUGUUGAAGCUUCAAAAGAAGUUAUCAAUGAUACUAUAUCCGUAGAAUCGAAAACAGAAGACAAUGCUGAGAUGCCACUAAUUUAUACACUGUUAAAUAAUUCCGCGAAAAAUAAUACUCUUGUAUCAGAAAACCAAAUAAAGGAUAAUGAAAGCAAGGAAAUGUUUAUUAUUGCAGUGACUAGUAAAGAAUCUCAAGAGCAAAACAUUGUAAGUGAGACUGUAAAUGCCAUCGAGGAAAAUGGACAUAAACUUGUGAUUAGUGAAAACCCUACAACAGUCAAGUAUCACGCAAUUUACAAAGAUCCAGACUCUAUAAACCGUUUAGAAAACGUAGAACCUACAUCUGGGAGUACAACGCCUAUUGUCAGAAAUCUUCAAACAGGAAGAACAACGCGUAAACGUACUAAAUCAUAUGAAAAGGAUAUAGAUAUUCCGAACACAGUUACUCCAAAGACGCGUGAAAAAAAUAUUAGAAAAUAUGGCGACUCCUAUUUAAAACCGUCAGAAGAACUAUCCAGUGUUAUAUCAUCUGAGCCUGAUAAAGUGAAAGGCAGAUUUAGCUCCAAAUUUAGAGCUUCUUAUUUAGAUAAACCAUUUUAUAAGCCUACAGUUCCAUCUGUAACAUCAACUACAACUGUAGAGGGAGAAGAAAUUGACUUAGGGCCAGACGUGAAUGCUAUCUCUUUCACUAAGACACGGAGUAAACUUACCUCAGCGGACUUGAAACUUUCAGAGAGUCUUGUCAAACCAUCACAUAUUAUGAACGUUGAGGCUACACAUCACUCACCGUCAGUUACAGUAUCAAUAUUUGAUGCUUUAGCUGAGAUUCUUACUUCUACACCCAAACCACGAUUAUCCUCAACAACAGAAGUAUCGCAAAAUCAAAAUACUAAUAAUGAUGUAGUAAAACCAUUCAACGGCGUGAGUAACAGUAUUAAUGUAAAUAGUGUCAAAGGCUUUGCGAGUCAAGACACAACAAGUGCUGGUGCCAACACAAAUGCUAAACUUGUACAGAACACUGACCAGACACAAAAUGUGAUUAAUCGUUUGUCGGUUGGGGAAAGUACACAACCACUAAACACAGAAGAUGGAAAAUUUAAUCCUGUGAAUACAUUACCAUCUACUCCUUUAUCUACUCCCACUCCCACUACUCCUAUUUCUGCCAGAAGACCAUUUGCCAUAAAGGUAUUAUACUCUGAACAAUCUACAGACCAAUCUACGACUGCACCUGAACCUACACCAGUUAACAUGGCAUCGACUGACCUUCCAACAACGGUACAUAAUACUGUGUCUGAUAUUUUAAUAUCCAGUAAUAAUAUAGUUUCCUCUGAACUAACUAGCAUGUUGUCGAAUAACAUUAAAAAUAUUAUAGAAAAUAUGGACAGUGAUAGUAAAACUAAACUAUCAAUGGACAUGGCUAAGUUGUUAAAGACACUAAUUCCUAGGGCAUUAGAUAAACUUGCGACCGGAGCUGACAAUGUAGACAUUAUUCCAAAUACUACUCCUUACAGUUUGGAAGAUAUUAAAGAUACUCAAAAUAUAGAUAUUACAAAUAAUAUUGAUAUAAAUACUAGUAGUACCAAUAUCGUCCAAAAUGUAAUGAGCGACAUUAUUGUAAAUACUGACAGCAGUAUUGGAAUGACAGUUAGUCUCACUGAAAAUCCCACAUCAGCUGUAAAUAGCCCAGUAAAUACACAACAAACCACUAGCACAGUAUCUGUUUCUAGUAGUCAGACGACUUUAACUACUGACAUAAUGACAGCAACAACUGGUACAACAGCAGAGUUCAAACCAAGUACAACUAAUCAAAUCAGUAGUACGACAUCGUCUGCACUACAAGGUACAGAUUCGGUAGAUAUAAACAGUAGUACAAUAGCUAACAGACCCGUACCUAUCCCAUUUUUGUCAAAUUUCCGUUUAUGGGAAGAAACCACAACAACUCCUGUUAUACCGAUUUCUACUUUAUCCCUACCCUCAAUUAAUAAUAAUCGGCCAAAACAGAAUCUAUCUCCUCUUCAAAUAUGGGUAUUGUCUAAAAAAGCUAGAGUUUUGAAGAUGAUAGAGGACUUAAUCAGACAACACAACAACGAAAUAGCGACAGCGACUCCUGUAACCGACUUGAUUCAGACUAACAAUAUUCCACUCUCUAAUCGAUUGACUAAAAUAAUGAAUUCAUUUACUUCAACAACUGAAUCAAAUGAUUCGACAAAUGAGACAAAUGAUCCCACGUCUUCCACAACUAUUCCUUCUUCUGUUAAUCCUUUGACGAUUUCAAAAACACCCAAUAUGGCCUCUAGCAGUACAAAUUCUGGAGUUGAUCAAGAAACGAUUUCAACAACGACAUUACCCUUAGCGACUACAAGCGAAACUUCAGUUUUAUCACAAAUUGGUGCUAUAGAAACUACAACCAUGGCAACAAUAUUAAAUAAUAUUGAAAGUACCACUAUUACUUCCACAACAGAUGAGAUAUUACAAACCACAGAUAAGAUUUUAAAUAGAAAUAUUGAUGAUGCUCAGCCAACGACUCAACAAGAAAAUACGGAAACUACUACAGAUUCAAUGGUCACAGAAACAACCACACAAACUAACAUUGACACUACAAUGCUUGAUAUCGAAACAACGACAGAUUCAAAUACCGAAAGUAGUAAUAAAUCUUCUACAAAUGAAACUAAUCAAAACAUAAUUUCAAGCAUUCAGAACAGGGUUAGUGAUACAACAAUCCCGAAAAAAGAUUAUUUCAUUUUUGGAAUUUUACCUAAUAAUACAGUGGUACGUAAAAAUCCUAACGAUGACGUGCUGGAAUCAUUAACAGAGGCAAGCCCUUACAUCAUUUACGGCGUACUACCCAAUAACACAGUAAUACGUAGAUUCCCGAAUGGGACUAGAGUGCCACGUGUAAUGCAAAAAAUUGACAUACUACCAAUCAGUCCAUGGAGUUUGCGAAAUCCAUACAGCCCCAUCCAUAACAACCCGGCCAUUGUACGGCCGGAGUCUAACCCCAUCCGAGUAUCCACUAAUACAGUGACAUCCACAGACACCUCAAAUAACGGAACGGAUCGUUUAACAACAGACAAUAUCUCUUCAUCGGCACUUAAUAUAAAAGAUAGCAGUUCAUUGGGUAUAACAACUGCCACAAAUAAGUCGCCCGCUGAAAAAAGCACCGCCUCGCAUGUAUUAAGUUUACGCACAACAACAAUGCUACCUUCCGUUGAUGAGAUUCUGCUUAAUAGUAUAUCUACGGCCGCUAAAGAGGAAAUGGUUAUAUCGUCAAUGACAAGUUCUACUCAUGAACCGAGAAUAUUAACACUGGAUAUUGAUCCGGAGACAAAACAAAUACGAACUGAAAAACCUAGUGAUGGUACUGGAAGUGCAGUAUUCAAAUUUAUUCCAAUAGACGAAGUAACAUUAGCUCCACAAAAUUCAAAUGUGUUGAAACUGGCUACCAAGACAGUAACAACCGAUAUAUCAAUGAAUACUGCUUCAACUGUCACAGAGACAAAUACACAAACUCCUCAAGUUCAAACUAGUAAGGCUGAAGAUGCAACAACAUCAAUAUCUAUUACAAUGGGAACUCCGAUCAUAACAGAAGUAACUGAAAGUUCCACGUCGGCAACAACUAUAACAACAACUACAUUUGCACCUGCAAUUACAACAACAGAAGCACCCACAUCAGUAUUUGCGUCAACCACAAGAGUUCCUACAACAAGUACCACGGAAUCAGCUCCAAUCACUUUGACUACUGAGGCUGCAACAAAUAUGCCUACGACAGUAAGUUCAACAUUUCCACCGACAACGAUACCAAUCUCAACAAUCACAGCUGAAGAAAAGAAACGUUAUCAAGAAGAUACUCAAUUUUUACAACAAUUGUUAUUAGGAACAACAGAUCCCAAAAACUUUAACAUACAAAGCAAUUCAAACUUGUUCACUGACUUAACAACAACAGCGUUGCCAUCGACUACAGUUGUAUCUUUAUCAGCCAGACAAAUUGAAGAAGCAAAGUUGUUGCAAGCACUUCUUUCAGCUGGUCAAAAUCCUAUAGUCACAAAUACACAGAGAAAUGUUAAAGGUACGGUUAGUAAAACAACAACAUCAAGGUCAAUAGAUGCCGAUUUAAAGCAGCUGGAAGAAGAUACAAAAUUUUUAAAAGCGCUCCUUCAAGCAACAGGGCAAAAUCCUGCCAACUUCAAUUUGCCUACAUUUGACAUUAAAACAACAACAAGAGCAGCAGUACCUAGUACUACAACAACUACAACUACUACUAGACCAACAACUACUACAACUGUGCCUACAACAACAUUAGGAACAACAACUUCAAUAGAUGCAGAUAUUAAAAAGUUGAAAGAAGAUACUAAACUACUGCAGGCUCUUUUACAAGCGGUUGGCCAAAAUCCGAUUAACAAUCCCAGUCCUCCCAUUAUAACUGGAGUGACGUCAAAUGUGAGAAUAGCUUCAAAUCCAUUGACUACAUCUUUAGGAUCCAACCCAACGACGCCAAUAAAUGUGCGGCCUGUUUAUACAUCGCAAAGUACAACACAGGCUCCUCCACAAACUUUAGUUCCUAGAACCGUUUUAAAUACGUUGCAGCCUACAACUACAGAAGCUGUUAGAAUAUCUACCACUAUUAAUCCUAGAAGACCAACUACGACCAGAAGCGUGCGUCCUACAACUGUGUCUGCUAGAAAAGCACAAGUCUCAGGUGGGGCAUCUACUACUGAAAUGCCAAGUACCUCAACAUUCUCCGUUGAAGAGGAUCUAGUGUUUUUAAAGAAUUUGAAAUCUGUUCUAAAAGCAAAUCCUAACAACGAUGAUCCAGAAGCAGCACUUGCUAAUCGUAUCAUUGCUCUAGCUGUAGAAAGGAGCUUGAACGAAAUACAAACUGGUACCAGUCCCGACGUCCGAACAGGAAAAAAAAUAGCUAAUAAUGUAAACAACGUAAUUCCAACCACAACUCCACGAACAACUACAGCACGCACGACGUCGACUACUACAACCACGACAACAACAACUACUACACCAAGUACUACGACAGUUAUAGCGAGUAACCCGUCAUUAGAGGCAGACAUAAAACAAUUCCAAGAAGACACGAAACUACUACAAGCACUUAUCAAAGCGACGGGCCAAGACCCAUCUCAAUUCAAUAUACCUACUCUACCACCACUUACCAAUGUUAAAGUAAGUCCUAAUAUUAAACCAGAGAUAAAUACAGAUUUGAAAGUACUUUCGAAUUUGCUUACAUCGCCAUCGCCACUAACAGAACAAUUUGACUCUAUAACACAAAAACCUAAAAGAGGACAAACGAAAUAUAAUGAUACGACUGACCUGCCUUUUGGUGCAAAAAUAGCUGUGAAAGAUGACUUACAGACUGUACAAGAUGACGCAAAGUUAUUAAAAACUCUGGUGAAAUUGCAGGACGUCCGGCCGACAACUACACAAAGGAACAAAUUAGCUCUUACAGGUCACACAUCAGACGAAGCUCUAAAGAAAUUACUGCAACAGCAGUCGCCAAAGUCAGGCAUGGUGUCCGAAGCGACCCAACCACCUAUGUCGCUGAGUACGGAGUAUGGGAAGAGCAAUGACGCGUUACUGGCAGCGUUGCUCAAAGAACAGGGGUUCGGUCCCACCACGGCAAGUUCUUCUGAUGAACAAAUCAGACUAUCUGCUUUACUGAACCAAGUGGUGGUAACACCGAAGGCCAGACGGACUACGACACCGCCUCCACCACCGCCGCCAAGGAGGCCUAUCUUAGAUGGGUUAGCGUGGCUCUGGCAGCAGUGGAGGGAAACAGCUCCAGGUCCCACCGCGGCCAGGCCUAAUAGAAGACCUAGCCCUUCUGCAAGUCCAUCAGUAGCUACAUCUGCAGCCACAAGCAAUAGGGUCAACUGGUUCGGCUCAGGACCUUUCGUCGGCAAUGCUGAGGAUAAACCAUCACCCAACAGAAUACCCCUGGAGCCCCCUGGCGCGGUGACGUCAGAGCAGACGCCAGGGAGAGGCCAGCUGGUGUCAGCUGCUAUCAAUGUGACGAGAGCCUUCUCUCAAUUCCUAGGAGCCGCCAUUCAGGGCGCAGCUCAGACGGUGCAGAGCGUGAUCCGAGCGGGGCAGCGCGCGGCGUCGGACGUGUAUGUGAAUGGCUCGGGUGGAUCCGGAUAAAGGGUAUAUCGUCAACUCGGGAACGUAUACACAAUAUUUCGUAUUUUUCUGCAAUUUACGACUUGAAUUUUUACCGACAUUGGUGUUAUAAGUUUUAUAUAAUCUAUGUAAUAUCUAUGUUUGCACAUUGUAUCUCCCAAACGGAUAAACCGAUUUUGAUUUAGUUUGUUUGAUUAAGAGGUGAUUUAAUCAAAAACUUUCUUAAUUUAGAUUGAUACGUAGACAUCGUUUAUAAAUUCUAUUCUAUUCAUUUAGUGAAAAAUAACUACGAAUUGACUUUUGUAUUGUAAGCGUAUGUAUGUAUCUAAUUAAUAUCAAAAAUACUGAAUUAACCGUUCCCGAGUUGACGUAUCUGCGGCGACCCAAAGACUGGUGGACUGAAGACUUUUUCGAAAGUGUCAUAGUACGCACUAUGUGUUUCAAGUGCCCAAAUGUAUAUAUAGUAAUACUUGUAUACUUGCAGAUUUACAGGGAAUUUAUUUCGCCAGUCAUAUUUUUUAACCCCCGACGCAAAAAGAGGGGUCUUAUAAGUUUGAUAAGUGUGUCUGUCUGUGUACGUGGCACCGUAGCUCAUCAACGGGUGAACCUAUUCGGAUGCGGUUCUUUUAUUUGAUAGCUAAUUUUUAUGCUGUGGUUCUUAGAUAUGUUUGAUCAAAAUCGGUUCAAAAGUUGUAGCGAAAUUAAUAUUGAAAGUCAAGAUUUUUUUUAAAUUUGUCUAACAAAUAAACUUGUUGAUCAUAAAUAACAAUUUUGGUUGACGCAAAUAAUGACACGGAAGUAAAUAUAUGAGUUUCAUUAUUUGCAUAUAUAAAUACUGUAUAAUUUCACUAAUAUAUAAUUCCCUUUCAAGUCUGCAAGUUUUAAUUAGAUAGUUACCUAAUAGAGGAAUGAUUUGUACUCAAAUUCUUCAAAUUUAUGUAAAAAGGUAUCUUUUAAAUGUACCUUAAUAUGUUUGAUGUAGGACAUUUGAAUAUUUCGAUUGUUUUUAAAACGAUGAAGGUUUUGUCUUAAAAAUAAGAUUUAGGCAAUGUGAUGUUAGCCCUACAUUAAUUUGUAUUAUUUAAAUACCUAUUUAAAAAGGUUUUAUGUGCAAUCAGCUUUGUACUUUAUAGGGAAAUCUAUAUUUUCAUACUUUUUUAUAAGUUAAGAAAAUGUACCGUUUUUCUUGUGGACAUGUGAUGCUCUAUGCAUACUAACUUUGAACUAAAGAUAUUAUUAAAACUCUCGAGCAAUGGAUUCUAAAAAUUGUUUAGAAAAUUAAAGUCGCGUUAACUAUUUAUUUUACCUGACUCCACCUACCUAACUGUUGCUAUGUUUUUUUAUAAAUAUUUUUGCUAAGAAAAAUAUUAUAAAACAUUCAGUUUGUUUUUUUAGGAUUAUCCUUUCGCUUACAUUAGUACUAAAUACAGGGUAUAGGUGCCAAUGAUAGCCCGCUAAUAUUUAAAAUAAGUACAAUGCUAAAAGAAUUAUCUGGUAUAUUACCAACUUGUGUAUUAGUUAAGAAAUACAUUACACUUUUAUCAAUGGCAUUCUAUAAAUUCACCAUAACCGAAUUAUUUUUAAAUAUUAAAUGGGCCAUCAUCGGCGCUUGUACCUUAGUACAGUCAACAGCAUAUCAAAUCUUACAUGAACCUCUAUGGCGAGUUUGUAAUGGAUUUUGGUAGGUUGUGUUGUUGACUGUACAAGCAUUUAUCCAUCUGAAAUUUGUUCGCAGUUGUGUUACCAAUUGUUGUCUUACCGAAGUUUAACAUAACAUUAAGUAUAAGUUCUAUCUUACCUUAAGUCUUCAUGUGCCAUUUAAGCACGUGCUUUAUUUACUUCUCUCUGCUUCUAUUUAUUUAUUUAUAGCGAUUAAAAUGCUACUGAUUUCGGGAAUUGUUAGUCAGGAAGUUGCAAAUUUCCGUUUUCUCGAAUGAAUCUAUUGUAUAAGAUUAAAGGCUUGUUUCAACAGUUGCUGAUAACGUAUCUGAUAGCUAUAACAUAUCACGCUGACAACGUAAAAAAAUGCGUUUCAUAAAUGUUCGAUAAGGCCUGACCAAUCACACCAGGCAGAUUUGUGUAGCGGUUGAUUUAUCUGUCAGAUAAUAGUUUAUCAGAAAGUGGUGAAACAUGUCUUAAGUGUGCUUACCACUGCCUUGUAAUUUUAAUAAAAUAGGCUAUUUAUAUUAUCUAAUGCAAAUUUCGAUUGUUAUAUACUUUUAUCUCACAUUCUGUUCAGAAAUGUUAUUCCAAAAACACGCACGCGUUUUGAAAAUUAUUUAUUUUUUUAAUAACUGAUUUUCAUGAAGCGAUGUAAUGUAUAGUAUAGUUUUGACGUGACAACGUCUUAAAUUAGGUUGCGGCUGGGAGUCACUUAUGAAAAAGUGUAACGCCCGGUAACGUUACGAUGAGUCACCGAACGAGAGAGAGGCCCGCCGAAUGCCUUGCGUCUCUCUCCCACUCAACUAUGAUCGGUCUGCCGCGCGUGUAAAAAGACGUUGUCACGUAAAAUCUUCGCCCGUAAAACCGACUUUACAGGCAACCAUUUUUUAUAUAUGUAUACCUACCCGUUAUGUUAAAUACGAGACGGAUCACUAAAGCCCUAAGGGAUACAAUAGAAACUAAUGUUAUUUAUAAGUCUUAUGUAUGUAUAUCCUGAACCCAGUUAGGAAAUUCAAAAAAAAUAAUUCAGUGUGUAUUGUUGUUAAAGAAUUAACAAGCUCAAGAUAUUUUAAUAAAACAAAUGCUUGCUACAUUUCGAGACAAUUUGUAGCUUUUAGAAUAAAAAUUAAGUCUGGAUUUUUUUUUAGUUUUUUAAUAUUAUACAAUAUUAUAUAAUGACCUCAGAGUGGCGCAGUGGUAAAGUCUCUGAACCGAGAGGUCCCGGGUUCGAACCCCGGUCGGGUCAUGAUGGAAAAUGAUCUUUUUCUGAAUGGCCCGUGUCUUGGAUCUUUAUCUAUAUAUGUAUUUGUUAUAAAAUAUAGUAUCGUUGAGUUAGUAUCCCAUAACACAAGUCUCGAACUUACUUUGGGGCUAGCUUAAUCUGUGUGAUUUGUCGUAAUUAUAUUAUAUUAUGUAUAUAUAUUUGUUGUCGACUCAUAAAUAUAUACAUAAUAAGAAAUUGUAAUAAUCUUCCUGGGUGCUGUGAAUUAAAUGUAAGAAUGCGCCUUCCAAAAGCUUGUAUGUAUGUUUGCAUUGUCUUUUAUCCCAAUUGGCAAAGGCAAAUCUUCGAAACGCAUACGUGAAACUUUGCCUGUCAGUGGGAUAAGGCACGACAUCGCAACAUACUGUUUAACAUUGUAAGUCGAUCGCAAAACGAUGCGAAAUAAACAUAUUAAUAUAUUA